AUGCGCGUUGCUUUCUUCCUGCCGGCCUUCGUAGGCGUUGUCGCCGCGGCGGCUUGUAACGGCAACGACGCUCUCUGCGCGAAGAAGUAUUCUGACGUGACGUUUGUCGGAUCCCACAACAGUGCCUUUGUUGGCAUCACUCCGGCCCACAAUCAAUAUGUGUCGGUAACGGACCAGCUCGAUCUCGGCGUACGCUUCCUACAAGCUCAGACCCAGAACAAGGACGGACAGAUCCAGAUGUGCCAUACGGACUGCGCUCUGUUAGACUCGGGGCCCUUGUCCAAGUAUCUCGAAGAGAUAGACACUUGGAUGGAGGCGCAUCCGCGUGAAGUGGUCACCUUGCUUCUCACUAACAUUGACGCAAUGCCGGUCACUCAAUUUGGCGACACUUUCAAGAGUACGGGAUUGGAUAAGUACGUCUUCAAGCCUGGGCAGAAAGUGGCUAUAGACCAGUGGCCUACACUUCAGACUUUGAUUGAUGACGGGACGAGACUGGUCGUUUUCAUGGACUAUCACGCCGACACGAGUAAAGUCGACUACAUUCUAGACGAAUUCCAGUACUACUGGGAGACUCCCUUUGGGGAGACGAACGCGGAUUUUCCCAACUGCAACAUCGACCGGCCACAGGGUGUCGAUCCCAAUGGCUACAUGUACCUUGUCAACCACUUCCUCGACAUUGAGCUCUUCGCAGGCAUCAAGAUUCCCAAUCAAAUUGAAGCGCCAAAGACAAAUUCCUUGUCGUCCAUUGACAAGCAGGUCAACUUGUGCAGAGGGAUGUGGGGAAGGACAGCGAAUGUCGUUUUGUUAAUCGUCCAAAUACAUUGGCUCGUGACUCAAUUGGUCGACAUGGAUAAAGAUGGAGGAUGGCUUGCCGAAGGCGCCUACGAUGACUUUGUCCGGCCCCUGUGUUCCUCAGACCCUCGACUUAGACAGCGCGACCCCAAGGCCCAAAUCCAACGCAUCCCCUUCACAGAUGACGGCGUCCGAGUCGUCAAGCUCAGCAUCGGCGACAACGGCACCUUCAUCAGAACAGCACAAUUUGAGGAACCAGCCGACCUAGAAACACACCUUCACUACAAUACAGCAUCACAGCAAGGACAGCAAGGACAGCAAAACAUUUACAUCUACGAGGGCCUCGGCCCUGGAUUCGCAGGUGUGUUCGGCCACCACUUCUCGCUGCAUCCUUCGGUAUUCGUCGAGCACGAGCGCGUGGUCGUGCACAACGUCAACUGGACGGGCGAAAGCGACGGCGCGCAGCUGCCGUCGGUGGUUCGGAGUCGGGGCCACGUGGAGAUGAAGUACUACGAGGUCGUGACGUUUGAUACGCGGCCGACGAGUUUUCGGUGGGUGUGCGCCGCGACGGGGCGGCAUAUUGGGGUGUCGAGGGAGUUUCGGUGGGAUAAUUCGCCCGACGACGAGUUUGAUCGGUUUUUGAAUGUGGGUGUCGUGAGGAGGAAGUGUGGUGUCUGGUCGAGGAGGACUGGGGGUGGUGGUUGGGAUUGCCUUGUGCUCUGUGAUCCUCCGGUACGAAGUGUCCGAACAGGGGAUGAUUACAAAAUAGAGCACCCAGUCAAGACCUGGCCCUACCAGGGUGGCUACCUCGACUUCGUCCCAGAAGAAUCGCAAAUCAGCAUCGCUAGGGAAAAGGGGAACGAGCACCACCACUACGGACCCCCGCGAACUUCCAUGCUCGACGACCUCGCCUUCUAUCUCGAGACACACGCGGGGCUAGUAGAUACUGCAGAGCCCAAAUCCGUCGUCAACGUCUUUGUGAGCAAGAUUGUGGCCUCCCACCUGCUCAAGCAGACGGAACACCUGCGGGCGACGCUCUCGGCUGUACAACGGGGUCUCACGCGCAAGCAGGACCUCGCGAAGCUGCCGAUGACCAAGGUCGAGGCGCUCUGGAGCGAUAUGCAGGGGUGGGAGAGGCGGACGGGGGAGUAUCUCGAGGACGUGGAAGGAAUCAUGCUGCAGCUCGGGAUCCCGUUGUCGCCGACACAACCCCCGGCGACAGGAUCCACUGCGCCGCCCAUCGGUAUACCACCGCAGCCGGGGUCGGGCCCGGGACCGAAGACAAGGCCGGAGCGAUCCAACGUCACCGCUUGGUCAGACAGCUCAGCAGAUUUCCAGUUCCUGCACCUCCGCUUCCGGGAACUACGCCACCGGACUGAAAUGCUCAACGCGGCGGUGACGGGGCUGGCGGGCAUCACUGGCAACAGGCAGGCGUACAAAGAGCAGCAGCGGAGCAUCCGCGAGGCCAAGAGCACCAAGGCGGUGACGCUGCUGGGAUUGGUGUUCAUCCCGCUGGCGUACACUGCGUCCUUGUUUUCGAUUGAGAAGCCGUUUGGGCCUGGCGGGGAGCUGUUUUGGGUGUACUUUGUGACCUCGGCGCCGUUGAUUUUGGUGGUCAUGGUUGGUUAUUAUGUGUUGGAUUUUGGGUACAAUGAUGAUGGGAGGGCGUGGUCCGUAGAUACGUUUGUAAAGUCGGUUGGGGAGAGGGUGCCUGGGUUGGAGAGGAGGGAUUUAGGGAGGAGGUUGGUUGGAUGA